AGGUUUUCCAAAAAAAAGUGGUGGGUACAAAAAUGAGUCAUGACGAAUAUAGCCUUUGUAUGUACGCGUCCGCCUGUGAAGUGUCGGUGGCAAAGGUGGGUGGUAGCUUAUUUACUGUCUAUGGGUGGUAGCUUAUUUACUGUCAAUGUGUGGUAGCUUAUUUACUGUCUAUGGGUGGUAGCUUAUUUACUGUCAAUGUGUGGUAGCUUAUUUACUGUCUAUGGGUGGUAGCUUAUUUACUGUCAAUGUGUGGUAGCUUAUUUACUGUCUAUGGGUGGUAGCGUUGAGGAAAGUAGAAGGGCGUGACUUCAACAGUUUCUGGAUGCAGAGAAUGCAGCUGGUCGCCUCUCUGUCAGCGCUCAUGGCUCCUUUGAUACUCCUGUUGAUCCUUCUGUCUGGAGCAGCUUCUGAGCUGAUUGUGGUACCAGUGCACCCUGGAGAUGAUGUCACUCUGCCAUGUCAGGCUGCUGGUUCCUCCAUCAGAGCUGUAGAGUGGACCAGACCUGACCUGGAGCCAUAUAUCGUCCUCUUGUACAGAGAUGGACACUUGGAGACAGACAACCAGCAUCCAUCCUUUAAGGACAGGGUGGAGCUGGUGGACAGAGACCUGAAGGACGGAGACGUGUCUUUAACUCUGAAGAAUGUGAGCAGACACGACGCUGGAACAUACGAGUGUCGAGUUAAAACCGAUGAUUCAACACUUACAAAGAGAGACUCCAACUCUGAGCCAAUCAGAAUCAUCCAUCUGCAGAUUACAGAGCCAGCAGACUUACCUGUGGUAACAGUGCACCCUGGAGAUAAUGUCAUUCUGCCAUGUUGGACUGCUGAUUCCUUAAUCAGAGCUGCAGAAUGGAGCAGACCUGACCAGGAGCAAGAGUAUGUCCUUUUCUACAGAGAUGGGCACCUGGAUCCAACCUACCAGCAUCCAUCCUUUAAGGACAGGGUGGAGCUGGUGGACAGAGAUCUGAAGGACGGAGACGUGUCUUUAAUUCUGAAGAAUGUGAGCAGCAUCGACGCUGGAACAUACGAGUGUCGGGUUGAACCAGCUGGUUCCAGACGUAGAAAGAGAGCCAUCAUCGACUCUGAGCCAAUCAGAAUCUUCCGUCUGCAGGUUACAGAGCCAGGUUCCGAUGAUAGAAACCUCUCUCCUCUAGGACUAUACAUUGGACUGGCAGCAGGUGUUCUGGUUCUUGUAGCUGCUGCAGUGGGUGGUGUCCUGAUGUUUAAAAGAUGUAACAACAAGAGAUCAGGAGAACCUGCUGCUGAUGAAGGAUCUGGCGAUCUGACAACUUGUAAAGAGUAUUACAUAUAGACAAUAUAUAAAUACAGGUAUACAGAUGAGUAGGGCUGAAACUAUUCCUCGAAUAAUUCGAUUACAAAAAAUCCUCGAUGCAAAAUGAGUUGCCUCGAAGCUUCGUUAAAUCAAUGUUACCAACGUUGUAUCGCUGACGAACGGUGUUUCCGCACGGAGCAUUAUUACUG